AUUUUUCAUGUCGGUUGUAGUAGGUCGCUGUUGCUUCGUGUCAGGAUUUUUGUUGAAUGAAUCCUGAAUGGCAAUUGGUCGAUGCCUCCGUAGAAAGUCUACUCAUUCUGGAACUGCUUAAUGGCUGAACCUACUCCGUCAGACCUGGACACCACUGUAAAGGCCGACACUGGCAAGAUGGGUAGCAACGACACUGACGUCAACAAUGUGGAGCACACUACGACGACAGCGCCCGAGAUCCAGAAGCAGCCUACAAUUGAGCGCCAGGACUCGCAGAAUUCCAGCAUGUCGUCACCGAUGAGUCCGCAGUUUCCGGACCCAGUCCACGAUCUCCCUGUGGAGCUACUGCAGCUGGGGUGGAGGAAAUUCUGGAGCAGACGUGAAAAUCGGCCGUACUUCUUCAACAAGCACACCAACGAGUCCUUAUGGGAGAUGGAGCAGCUGUUGGCUCAUGUGGCAGCUGGGGCUGGAAAUGUUUUCACAGAUCCUCUUGGUAUUGCAAGUUCAGGUUCUCAACCAGUUUCGACAAACGAUGUUCGACUGAGUCGGCCCAGCACAGAAAUCCCUCCAGUUGUAAUCGGAGAUAAGAGGAGAGCAAGUAGUGAAUUAUCAGUCGGCUCCCCAACGAAACGACUUGCUUUUAACUACAGCCCUUUCUGGAAUUUUGAUGUGCCAUCCAACUGUCUGUUUUAUGAACGAGCUCCAUCAGUUUUACCUCCUCCAGUUCCAGAGAUUGAGCAGUUUCGAGCAACGCUGACAUCUAAACUGCGUGAGAAAUACCAGGAACUCUGCCAGUCCAGAGAAUCUAUUGAUGCCCCAGUGGAAUCUUUUAAUCGCUGGUUGCUAGAAAGGAAAGUUAUUGACAAAGGAAAAGACGCGAUGCUGCCGUCAAACUGUAGGCCUGAGGUUUCUCAGUCUAUGUACAGAGAGAUCAUGAAUGACGUCCCAGUUAAACUCGUGAAACCAAAGUAUACAUCCGAUGCCAGGAAACAACUUUUCCGAUACGCUGAGGCAGCAAAGAAGAUGAUAGACUCACGGAAUGCCACUCCAGAGAGUCGGAAGGUUGUCAAAUGGCACGUAGAAGACACGUUUAGUUGGUUACGGAAGCAGAACAACCCAUCAUACGAAGAUUAUCUUGAACGGUUAGCUCACCUGAAGCGGGAGUGCCAGCCUCACCUUACUGAGGUGGCCAAGGAGUCUGUUAAGGGGAUCUGCAGCAAGAUCUACCACAUGUCUUGUGACACGGUGCGCAAGAUCUCUGACAGACACUGGAAACUGCUAAAAGAACAUAACAUUCAUGAAAUGGAACCUCUACCAGAACUUGCCCACCCUAGAAAGGUCCCUUGCUACUGUAUCCAGAUGGCCGUACCUGCGUUGAGAGUGCCACACAUAGAACACAGUACAGAUGGAGAAAUGACCGUUCUACGCAUCAAGGGGGAUGAAGUUCGUGUCAACAGUGCACACUUUCACAAACUGGAACAGUUAUACCGAUUAAACUGUCGAGAUGACCCCAGAUUUGAACACUUCCUGUCACGGGUCUUUUGUUUAGGGAAGCGAUACCAGACUCUGUUUGGCAUCCAUUCAAAAGAAGGAAUUGUCCUACAGGGGGCCCUGUCUGUCUCGGUGUUUGAGUGUCUACAUCGAGUGUUUGGGGUGACAUUUGAGUGUUUUGCCUCUCCCCUUAAUUGUUAUUUCAAACAGUACUGUUCUGCAUUUUGUGAUACGGAUGGAUAUUUCGGAUCUCGGGGACCCGUAUUGAAUUUUCAUCCAUUAACGGGAUCCUUUGAAGCCAACCCACCUUUUUGUGAAGAACUCAUGGAAGCUAUGGUGGACCAUUUUGAGAAUCUGCUAGCGGAGACUCGUGAUCCUCUGUCGUUCAUCGUGUUCAUGCCGGAGUGGAGAGACCCACCCACAGAGGCCCUCAUGAGGUUAGAAACCAGCAGAUUUAACCGAAAGCAGCUGAUCUUCCCGCCAUUUGAACACGAAUACAGACAUGGUUUUCAGCAUGUAUGCAACAAAGGUGACAUGAGUGUGAAGGCCAUUCACGGAACCCUGGUGGUGUUUCUGCAGAACGACGCAGGCUUGGCAAAGUGGGGUCCCACGCCAGAAAGACUUAAUGAUCUCAUGUUGGCCUCCAAACCACGAGAUGCAUCAUGAACCAAAAAGCUGAUAUCCUUCAUGUUGUAAAUCAUUUCAUAAACUCACAAAUCAUCCUGUGUACAGAACAUCACAUCAUUCGUACUCAUUUCGUCAGCCAUAUAGAAUAUUGAAUCAUUCAAGCUCAUUUCACCAAGUGUAAAGAAUAUUGAAUCGUUCAAACUUGUGUCAUUAUUUCAAGAGACUAUUGCUGUUGUUCAGCCCGUCUACAGAAUACUGGAUUAUUCAAACUCAUUUCAUUUUGUGCAGAGAAUAUUUAAUCAUUCAAAAUCAUUUUAUUCUGCAUACAAAAUAUGGAGUGAUUCAAACUAAAUUUAUUGUGUGUUCAGAAUACUGAAUCAUUUCAAACUCAUUUCAUCAUGUGUACACAAUACUGAAUCAUGUAUAGAAUAUAAAUUCAUGCAAACUUACAUAAUCGUGCGUACAGAACAUCCAGUUUUCAUCCAAUUUUUAUUUUAUUUAUUACUUUAUUUUACUUUAAUAAUAGUAGGUCCAAGUAGGAACUGGGUUGCUCCUUUCAAUAAGUUACACAAUGUCUAUCCAUUAUAUUCAUCAAAACCCCCCAAAAAACCAACAAUCGGCGCCAUGUCCCAUGCUUAUAAAACUUAAAUGUAGACUACAUGAAAUUUGUAUGUGUUGCUGUGGUGUUAAAAAUCUCAAGAUAUUAUUCGAGACUGGAGUCUAGACUUUUAAGAGUUUUAUAAGCACAGAGUCUGAAGUCUUUUAAAUUGUAUAAAAAGUCCUUUUUAAACAAAAAAAUCUGAAAAAAAUCUUAUUUCAAAGACCCAAGAAAUGUUAUUGUCUUCUUGCUUCUGUUUAGGGCAAAUUAAUAACACUACCAUAGCCUCCUAUCCCAGUCGAGACUUCCGAUUUCACUGCUCAUUAAAAAGUUGCCAAUUGAUCAUCUUGUGAGAUCCAAACUGAGACUUACUUGUCAUUCUCUGAUCAUACUCUUAAAUGCACAUUCAAAUCAUGACAGCGGGUUUCCUCUCAAAAUCUGUGUGGUCCUUAACCAUAUGUCUGACGCCAUAUAACCAUAAAUAAAAUGUGUUGAGUGCGUUGUUAAAUAAAACAUUUCUUUCUAUAAUACAUGGGGAACUAGCCUGAUAUUCUGUAAGGGUUAGUGACUUUUUCAAACAUUUGUUGAACUCUGCAGUUUUGUUAUACUCCAUUGAUGACUGUGGUACAAAAGGUCUCGCCUAAUAUUUGACUGACAGGGUCUUUGCCAGAGGGUACUGAGGGUCAAAUUACGUACCCUAAAAUCUUGAGAUUUUAAUGGCUUUUAACCACCAGGAAUGCCAACAUUUCUUAGUCUUGCACCUUGCAAGACGGGUGGGGGGCCACCAAAGACAGAAUUAGGGUUGUUUUUGCUAUAUGUAGCAAACCAGAAACUUUUGUGUAUUCUUAUGAAUUGUUUUUGCUGUUUGUAGCAUAACCUUUGUGUGUUCUAAUAACAAUACAGAGGUGGCUUUAUACUUUUAUAACAUAACACUUGUAUAUUUAAUAACCAACUAAAAAGGUCAAUUUCUGCCCCGUGUUUUUUCUUAAUACUUUGUAGCUUUAAUAUUCAUUAGGAUGAUAUUGAUAUGGAAAGUAGUAUUUUGUGAUGCAAAAGAAAAUAUUGUUUUCAUAUUUAUUAAUAUUAAAUCCAAAAUGGCUCUAAGCUUAACACAAAGCCCAUGGAGAGGUUUGGUAUAGCAUAAAAGUUCAGUUUUAUGAAAAAUUUCCUAUUGAUUAUUUUUAAUUGAGUUUUCUUUCUUUUUCUUUUAGUUUGUUUUCCUUUACAGAUUUUAUAAUUAUCACCUCAUUUAGAUAAAACUUUAAUUAAAUUGUAUCUUCACUUAACAUUUAUUAAUUAUUUGUUAAUCAUGUAUAUUAUUGUUGUUGUGUUGAAGAUUUUAUUAUAUAGAACGUUCAUUCUAUCAAUUUUGUAAAUAAUUACAUUAUAUAUAUAUACAUGUAUAUCAUGUAUGUAAAAAAAAACCUAAUUCUUAGAAUUUUUAAGCCUGUCGAAAUGCAUAUACACUGACAUUCAUCAAGGUGCUAUAAAUUUAAAAUAUGAAAAUUAAUUUUUAGGCCUGUCUUUAAAAGUAAGAAAGCUUUACUUAACAUCUGCCUCAGUUGUUUGUGUUUUCGUCCUUUUGUCUUUGUAUUUUUUAACUCGUUUUAGCAUAAUAGCUACUCCAGCAUAAUAUUCUGUGUUUGGUUGCUGUACAUAACGUUUAUUGUCAACACAGAGUUCAGAGACAGUAAUUUGAACCUAACACCGUAUGUAACUAAUGUUAGGAUCAGACUACCAAUGGCCAGCAGAAAGUUGGCCAAUUUUCUGCUGUCACAACUUCUACGACUGUCCAGUUGCUAGUCUGAUAUGAGUGCUCUUACAACUCGAUUCCUGUCAUAUAAUCCAUUGCUUUUUAGUUGUUAAUCUGAGUGCACCUGUCAUAAGUCGGGAGUUAGGGAAAUUACAAUGCAACCAUCGAGUUGACCAACUUCGUCGUGACAGUUGACAGUCUGAGCCUAGUAUUAGAUAACAGUUUGUGAGUUUAUAACCAUUGUAAUAUGUUUUUCUCCUAAUAUAAUAUUAAUAUAACGGUUUAAUUUUUCAAGUUACAAUAUACUGUAAAUCAGGAAAUGCUAGAGAGCAUAAAAUAUUAGCAAAUUUAGCGAGAUCAUACAAAAUGAUAAUAUUUCAUGACACUAGAUUUAAAGACAAAUUAUAGACUGUUCUGAAAAAUGUUUGUAUGAUUGUUUUGUCAGCUAUUAACUGAACACACAACAAUGGUUAACCUAUUGAUGUAGCAAAAAAACCCAAGUUAAUCAGUAUACACAUUACUGCCAGUUUCUAUGAAAAGUAAGUUGUCUGUAAAGCUGCAUGAGAUAAAAUUAUAUCAAAAGUAAUUUUAGCCAAUGAUAUUAAAGCAGACAUCGCUAAAGUGUUAUUAUGCUAAUAUGGAUUUUGAUAAAUUUUAAGAUUGCUAAUUAAUAUAUUAUGAUUUACAGUACAUUACUUGCUUGGAGUAUGAAUAUCUAUAUAUCCAUUGCAUUUCUGGUCAUCCCAAUAUUUACAUUAGCUCAGUAUUAAUCAUUUUGUCUACAAUAAUUUUGUACAUAUCAAUUUUGCUUUUCUGCCAUUCACAAAACAAACUGAAGUAGUGGGUCAGAUGCAAUGACAGAUUUAUUUAUCCAUAAUUUAAUGCUUUAUAUUUGAAACUUUUAAUAGUUUUGUAUAGAUUAAAAUCCAAUGUUUGUUUAAAUGGCCGCAAACAGGACAGUAAAAUUAAAACUUGAAACACACACAAACACACACACACACACACACACACACACACACACACACCAUUUUAGAAGGUCAAUACAUGAUCCAUGGUAUGUCUUAUUUUGAAAGAUAUUUUGUGGGUAAUUGCAAAUUAUUUAAUUUUAUUUUAAUUUGUUUUUCACCAUGGAAUCAAUUUCAAAUUAUUUCAUUUAAUUGUUUUAGUUUAAUUUGUUUUUCACCAUGAAAUAAAUUUUAAAAUGUGUUAUUUUAACUGGCCUACGCAUUAUAGAUGUAUACAGUUGGCAGCAUUUCCAUUGAUUAAUUUCAUAGCUGGUCAUGUGUUUUGUUUAUAUAUAUAUAUACCCGGUAUAUAUAUAUAUAUAUAUAUAUAUAUAUAUAUAUGUUAAAUUUUGAAUUAAGAUGAAAUCAUGGCUGCUUGAAAGAUGGUGGGUAAAUUUAAGUUUGGUGCCGUUGUAUAAAUGUUUCACAUAAGUAUUAAUUUAUUUUUUAUUUUUCAUGAAUUGUUUUACCCAGUGAUGAGUUGAUGUAAAUGUUUUGGGUAGCGUUGUGUAAUUAUUUCCUUCACGAACUAGAUUCUGUUGGUGUUUAAAAAGGAUUGGUUGUACAUGUUGGUGCCAAAGUCAUGAACUCGGCUGAGCAUCUGCCAUUACUGUCAUUGACAUCAAUAAAAAAUACAAGAAAAGAAAAAAACUGUUCGGUUUCGUUUAGGUUGAAUAAUAAAUUAUUACUUAAUUUUAUUUUGUUUUGUAUAGGUUUUUACUUUUGUACAUCAAAUUGUUUAUUAUAUUUAACAUCAUAACAAUUCUUGAAUAUGUUUGAUCUAUUAAGAUGCAUUGCAGAUUUUAUGAUUUUGGCACCAGAUCCUGCAAUCUGUUCUUUCUUAACAUUAAUUUGUAAUAUCAUUAAUUGUCAAAUAGUAUGGCAUGUUUGAAUAUGUGUGUCUCCAACCGUCCAUGUUUUAAUUUUAGAAUUUAGAGAACUUGCAUGGUAAUGUGUGUAGCCGCCUAACAGAGGUUUCUAGAGAUAGACAGAUACUUCAAGUAGGUCACUUGUACCAUCUAAGGUUUUAAUUAGUUGUUUCUUAUAAGUAAACUGAUCCUCUCUUGGAAACUAUGACGGAUAAGUUCACACAAUAAUAAGAUGGGUCGUAUUAGAUGAUUUUAAGUAGUAUGUCAAGUGGCUAGUUAAUCGGGUCUCACUGUACAACAAUAUUUCUUUUUACAUGGUUUUUAUUACAGAUAUUUUCUUGUUUAAGAGGGUUCAGUGUGUCAAGUACAACUAUAACAUAAUGGUAAUAAAUGACAUCAAAUACCUGAAACAAA